AUGAAAUUAUCAGAGACCUUAUUUUUAGCUGUAGCAUCAGCUGGCUUAAUCAAAGCUGAAACGGACACCACAAUCACGCAAACAAUCACCAUCACAAAGACUUUGUACACACCAGAGGAGUCUUUGAGUAUGGCUGAAGAAGCAGCUUCUAUUGCUUCUGUUUUAGCAGCCGAGUCAUUAGCAUCAGUGGUAGCAGUGCAACUGGCAGUUGAAGGUUACUACAGUUCCUUAGCAUCAGCUUCAGAAGCUUUGCUUGCAGAAGAAACCUCUACAUUGGAAAACAAGGGUUAUAACGCUACCAAUAACCUUACCAUUACCUACGUUACUGUCACAGUCAAGCCAAAAUCAACGGCAACAAGUUCAGCUUUACCUGGCAGUGACAAUUUGGUGCUCGAAGUUGAAAAUGAUGACACUCCUUCAGAUUUGAGCUCAUCUGAAGCAGUCACAAUUCCUGCAGAGAGUGCCUCAGAGGAUGCUGGUUUCAAGGGACUCGAUGAACGGUAUUCUGGAACUGUUGCAGGUUUAUGUGCCUUAGUCGCCGCACUUUUGUAA